GUGCAGGCAGGCAGCACAACACGCCGGAGACUGGUGGUGAAAAAUAGCUUCCGCAGUUCCGUCAGCUGGCGAGGUUAAAUGUUUUUAAGUGCAUACUGUUAGUAUGUUGAACGUUUCUUUUAGUCGUGUUCCGUUACAGUAAAAAGGUAACUACGUCAGCGCAGCUCGUGCGGUCUUUUGAUAAGAGGAGCAACAUGAGUCUUAACGAGCAUUCACUUCAAGCUCUAUCCUGGAGAAAGCUGUACCUGAGUCGAGCUAAACUAAAGGCUUCUAGCCGAACAUCAGCUCUCCUUUCUGGAUUUGCAAUGGUGGCCAUGGUAGAAGUGCAGCUGGACAACAGUUAUCCAUACCCACCUGCUCUCCUCAUUGCCUUCAGUGCCUGCACCACUGUGCUUGUUGCCGUUCACCUGUUUGCUCUCAUGGUCAGCACCUGCAUUUUGCCCAACAUAGAAGCUGUCAGCAAUGUCCACAACCUUAACUCAGUGAAGGAGUCCCCACAUGAACGAAUGCAUCGGCACAUUGAACUGGCUUGGGCUUUUUCCACAGUUAUUGGCACUUUGCUUUUCCUGGCUGAGGUUGUUCUCCUCUGCUGGGUCAAAUUUUUGCCUGUGAAGCCCAACAAGUCCAGUAACAGCACAGUUUCAUCUGGUGUGGCUGCUGCUAUUACAUCCACCUCCAUCAUGGUCCCCUUUGGCUUAGUCUUCAUUGUAUUUGCUGUGCAUUUUUAUCGCUCCUUGGUCAGCCACAAGACGGACAGACAGUUUCAGGAGCUAGAGGAGCUAUCUAAUCUCACUAGGCUACAAAACGAACUGGACAACAGAGGAGAAUCUUCUAUGUUGCAGUCUCCAAGUUCAGAUUUCCCAUAGGAAUCAAGUUUGAUAGACCUGAGGUGGAACUCCUUUGGAUUUCUCUGAGCUAGAAGCUGCAUUGUUGGCUUCUAAUUUUUUACAGGAAUGAAGAUGUCACUUCUUUGUUGUGAAUUUUUUGUGUAAAGAGUUGUAUUUUUAGAACACGUUUGAUCAACUGUGAACUCACAAAUGUGCCAUAAUGCAUGUAACUUGAAAUUGAGAAGUCUUACCUGUGAUAGCGGCUUGAUUUAAUUGACUACAUUAUGGCAGAAAAAGAAACAUCUGAACAAUAACUAGGAAUCCUGUCUGUUGCCUGCUGCGUUUAUUUACCUGUUCACGAGUGAACAGUGCUUUUGUUGAUAUAUAUAACCUGUUUGUGUUUUGUAAACCACAAGUAUUUAACCCCUUUUUAUUUAAUGUAUACUUGAUUUACUGUAAUUUUCACUGUUUUCAUGAAUGUAAUGCCUGCCAUUUGAAUAGACUGACUGCCAAAACAACAGUAUUAUUAUUAAAGAUUACAUACUGACA